AGGCUUCGUGACGGAGUGAUCAGAGACAUUGAGAGACAAAAUCGGAAAAAAGAAAACAUUCGCCUUUUGGGAGAACAGAUUAUUUUGACUGAGCAACUUGAAGCAGAAAGAGAGAAGAUGGUAUUGGCAAAAGGAUCUCAAAAAACAUGACUUGAAAUGAAAGGGAAAAAUCGAUGGGACAGACAGCGUUAAGUGUGUGUGUGAGUGUGUUGAUGGAGAACAGCUUAGAGAAAUUUCAACCUUGUUUUUGUCACUGUCUUUUUAAACUUGAUCAAAAAAAGGACAAUGGGUCAUAUAUUUUAAAUGAUUGCUUUAAAAGUCUCCUAUAUCUGAGUAAAGAAGUGGGCAGACACUCUUCUGAAGAGUUUCCGUUUGUGUGAUCCUGAUAGAAGCCGCUUUAAGCUUGGUGUCCAGAGCUUAGGAUUGUUCCUGAGAAGCGCUUCUGCACCUGUGAGAAGGAAGGGAUGGAUAGUAACGUCCACCUGAGUGGUUUGAUAAGUCGGCACGAUGAUGAAGCCACUAGAACAUCUACCUCAGAAGGACUUGAGGAGGGUGAGGUGGAGGGGGAGACUCUGCUGAUUGUUGAGUCGGAGGACCAGGCAUCAGUGGACUUGUCUCAUGAUCAGAGUGGGGACUCCCUCAACAGUGACGAAGGAGACGUGUCGUGGAUGGAGGAACGGCUGGCCUACUUCUGUGACAAGUGCCAGAGAUGGAUACCGGCCAGUCAGCUGAGGGAACAGCUCAGUUACCUUAAGGGUGAUAAUUUUUUUAGGUUUACUUGUUCUGAUUGCUCAGAAGAUGGCAAGGAGCAGUACGAAAGGCUGAAGCUGACAUGGCAGCAAGUUGUCAUGUUGGCGAUGUACAACUUGUCUCUGGAAGGAAGUGGACGUCAAGGUUAUUUCAGAUGGAAAGAAGAUAUCUGCGCUUUUAUUGAGAAACACUGGACUUUUUUAUUAGGGAAUAGGAAAAAGACUUCGACCUGGUGGAGCACCGUGGCAGGUUGCCUCAGUGUGGGAAGUCCUAUGUACUUCCGUUCAGGUGCUCAGGAAUUCGGAGAACCAGGAUGGUGGAAACUUGUUCACAACAAGCCCCCGACAAUGAAACCUGAAGGAGAGAAGCUGUCUGCCUCUACUUUGAAAGUAAAAGCCUCAAAACCAACUUUAGAUCCCAUCAUUACUGUUGAGGGACUUAGAAAACGGGCGAGUCGGAAUCCUGUGGAAUCUGCCAUGGAAUUGAAAGAGAAGAGGUCUCGCACUCAGGAAGCGAAAGACAUUAGAAGAGCCCAGAAGGAAGCGGCUGGCUUUCUUGACAGGAGCACAUCUUCGACCCCUGUGAAGUUCAUAAGCCGAGGCCGCAGGCCAGACGUGAUUCUAGAAAAAGGAGAAGUGAUUGACUUUUCAUCCUUGAGCUCCUCUGAUCGCACCCCGCUCACGAGCCCAUCUCCUUCUCCGUCUCUGGAUUUCUCUGCCCCUGGGACCCCUGCCUCCCACUCAGCCACACCCAGCUUGCUUUCAGAAGCAGAUCUGAUUCCAGAUGUGAUGCCCCCACAAGCCUUGUUUCACGAUGAUGAUGAGAUGGAAGGCGAUGGAGUCAUAGACCCAGGGAUGGAGUAUGUUCCACCCCCUGCUGGGUCAGCAGCUUCUGGGACAGUGGUCGGGGGCAGAAAGAAGGUCAGAGCACCCGAACAGAUAAAGCAGGAGGUCGAGAGUGAGGAGGAAAAACCUGACAGGAUGGACAUUGACAGCGAAGACACGGAUUCCAACACAUCUUUGCAAACAAGGGCUCGAGAGAAGAGGAAGCCUCAACUGGACAAGGACAGGAAACCUAAAGGGCCCAAGUACACCCCUGUGAGCAUCUACGAGGAGAAGCUGCUCCUGAAGAGGCUGGAAGCUUGUCCCAGUGCUGUUGCCAUGACACCAGAAGCUCGGAGACUAAAGCGGAAAUUGAUUGUCAGACAAGCAAAAAGGGAUAGGGGAUUACCACUUUUUGACUUGGAUCAAGUUGUUAAUGCUGCUCUUCUGUUAGUUGAUGGGAUUUAUGGAGCCAAAGAAGGAGGAGUUUCCCGGCUUCCAGCUGGCCAGGCCACAUACAGAACAACCUGUCAGGACUUUAGAAUCCUUGACCGAUACCAGACGGCCUUGCCGUCCAGGAAAGGAUUUCGACACCAGACCACUAAGUUUUUGUAUCGUUUGGUGGGAUCGGAAGACAUGGCUGUGGACCAGAGUAUUGUCAGCCCUUACACUUCUCGGAUCUUAAAGCCUUACAUUAGGCGUGAUUAUGAAACAAAGCCACCCAAACUGCAGCUCCUGUUGCAGAUUCGUUCUCACCUGCACAGGAGUGACCCUCACUGGACGCCGGAGCCGGAGGCACCUCUCGAUUACUGCUACGUGCGGCCAAACCACAUCCCAACGAUUAAUUCAAUGUGUCAGGAGUUUUUCUGGCCUGGCAUUGACCUGUCUGAGUGCCUGCAGUAUCCAGACUUCAGUGUUGUCGUCCUUUAUAAAAAAGUCAUCAUCGCCUUUGGCUUCAUGGUUCCUGACGUGAAGUACAAUGAAGCUUACAUUUCAUUUCUGUUUGUCCAUCCCGAAUGGAGAAGAGCAGGGAUUGCGACUUUCAUGAUUUACCAUCUGAUUCAGACCUGCAUGGGCAAAGAUGUAACCCUUCACGUCUCAGCAAGCAACCCCGCUAUGCUGCUGUACCAGAAGUUUGGAUUCAAGACUGAAGAAUAUGUCUUAGAUUUUUAUGAUAAAUAUUACCCCUUGGAGAGUACAGAGUGUAAACAUGCGUUCUUUCUGAGGCUCCGACGCUGAGGGGAAUACAACUCUUCACAGAGAGAAGCAUAUGCUGUUAGAGAACAGAUCUUCAGUAGACCUAAAGGUAGUUAGUUAUUCAUUGCACCAUGGGUGUUAGUCUUCUCUGUAAUUAGAUGUUCAUUCAAGCCUCUCAACUGAGAUGAGAACAGCCGUGAGCGGUGGAAUGAGUAGUGAGCAAUCUUUCAGCAAAAUCACAGUCCGGUCCUUUCUGGAGAGGCCUUUGACCCACCUCUUGGACUCCACAGUUACCUAACUGAAAGACGCUGCUGUCCUGCUUCCAAAUGACAGUUCGUAAGAGCAAAGGAAUAUCUAAACUGAUAUUCUUGGUGAGAGAGAAUCUGUCCUAAUUUAAAAGAUGAGAUAAUGUGAUGGCUGUUAAAGAUGCAUGCAGUGCCUGAGAGGCACUCUCCUGUCCUGGGAUG